AUGAGGAGACCAUGACUCAUUGAUGGCUAGUUGGGGUGGCUAUAUAAGGACUCAUUCCCCAGAAGGACGCAAGAAGAGAAAACCAAAGUCUCCUAUUAGACGCACUGGCAGAAUACUCACUAGUUCAGUGCCCGACACCGCUGCGAGUUGACGCAAACUCACUGAAACCAACGAGAUUUCUUCUUCAGUUCAAAAAGAAUUACCAUAGUUACAGCGAGAGAAAGGAGAAAAGGCGCUCAUACGACUUUGUUAUUCCGUUCGUGUUGGGGAGAAGCAGGAAAGUCUCACCGUCGAGCAUAUUACGCUGAAAAAAGUUGAGGAAGAAGAGGAUGCUUCUGAGAGUGGCCGUGGCGGCGGUGCUGGUGCUGGUGUGUGUGUGCAGCGGGGCGGCGAACGGGCUGCUGGUCCCCCGGGACUACGGGGUGAAGCUCUGCGGGAGGGAGUUUAUCAGAGCCGUCAUAUUCACAUGCGGCGGCUCCCGCUGGAAGCGCUCCUUAGACGACCACUUGGACCCCUUCCAGAGGAACUACUACAGUGACGUCCCACAAGAAGAAGCCAACCAACCAAGCUGGCAGAACAAUUACGCUAAAGUAAUAGAGGUCGUCCCGUACCCCCACCCACCCCCCAGCUUCAGCGACACGUUGGCCGACCUGCUGGCUGCGUUCGGGCGGGACGCCGGGGGCCCGGUGCGCGCGCAGGACCCUCUGGGGGAUUUUCACCUGUCCAUGACGUCAGAGCAGCAGGGAAAACAAUCGAGCGUCGAGUGGCCCCAAGCCUCCUCCUCAUCGAGGAGGAAGAGGAACUUUUCUCUUGGCGUUGCCGGGAUGUGCUGCAACCUGGGCUGCACCAAGAACGACAUAGGACACCUGUGCUGAGGAUGGGACGGGGAGCGGGUCGGGGAGGGGGACGGAGAGGGGGAGGGAGAGGCUUGGGGAGGAACGGAGCGUGUUGGGAUGAAGCAGGACAUUGUCCUUUGAGUCAAUGUGCAACUCUCCUCGAUUACUGUGUUUCAAUGACCGUGUUAUAUACAACAAUUCAAAAGCUCAUGCAUUGGGGGACCAAAGGAAAAUAAGCCCGUGUAGGCUAAUUGUCUAGAUAAACGGAAUUAUAUUUUCAUUUGUCCUUACUGUUGCAAUAUGAUGAUGAGUUACCGAUAGCUACUAUUGAUUUAUUGGAGAAUCGUAGGCAUAUAUUUUCUGAUAUGAAGUUGUUUAUGAUUUACAGUCCACCCAUAGUUUCACUGGUGUGUUCAACGAAUUACCUGCAACGGUACAAAUAUUGAAUAAAAAUAUUGCUAAACAAAUCAACGACUCUGGAAAAGUAUGUGCAUUUGGACAUUGUGUGUAUUCAUAUCGUAAAAAUCCGAUUAAAUUUGAUCAUCAGUGCGCCACCCCACAAUUUUUUGUGUUAUUUUCGGACGGGAAUGUUGUUGAAAACCUUUACCACACAGACAUCUUAAUCUCACCCCGCAGUGAGUAAACGAGAGCUAUAAACACGUUGGCAAUACUGUAUGCAUCCUCCCGGCAUGAACAUUAAGUUGUGAAUUAAUCCAGAACACAUUGACAUAUGCCUACAUAGCCAUACAGUCAGGGACUGUACGUCAUGGGCCCCAGAGCUCUGGUCCGUGUGGGCCCCUGGUCUCCACAGACCAGACACGUCAGGGAAAACAUAGUUAAUAAUUUUAAUGAUCUUCAAAUAUUACGUUUGCAAUUUAAGAAAUAAUAAAAAAAAUCAAAAUCCCAUCCCAAACGUUCAUUUCAGGGAGAAUUGUUCGUUGUUUGUCUCAAAAAGUGUAAAAAAAA